AUGCAAAGCAGCAGGGCUCCGGCCAUCAGCGUCAGCGCGGAGAGCUGCAUCCCGGCCGGGCUGCGCCUGGGUCCUGUGCCCGGCACCUUCAAACUGGGCAAGUACCUGUCAGACCGCAAGGAGCCAGGACCCAAAAAAAAGGUGCGGAUGGUCAGAGGGGAAUUAGUGGAUGAAGCCGGGAGCUCGGCUCUGGAAUGGAUAGGGUUAAUCCGAGCUGCCCGAAACUCCCAAGAGCAGACACUGGAGGCUGUUGCGGAUCUGCCAGGAGGACAGAUUUUCUACCGGGCGCUGCGAGAUGUCCAGCCGGGAGAGGAGCUCACCGUCUGGUACUCCAACCCUCUGGCGCAGUGGUUUGACAUCCCCGUCACGGCCACGCCGACGCACGACGAGAAAGGGGAGGAGAGGUACAUCUGCUGGUACUGCUGGAGGACCUUCAAAUACCCCAACAGCCUCAAGGCCCACGUCCACUUCCACUGCGCUCUGAGCCACGGCCGGCCCUUCCUCCAUCACGACCACGGCCGGCCCGCUGCCACCGCCUUCGGCCUGCCCCCCAAGGAGCUGCCGGCCGCCUCGCUGCGCGGCCACCCGCCGCCCGGCUGCGGCCCUCGGGAGCCCGUCAAGCGGGAGGCCGUCGUCGCCUCCCCGCCGCUCGCCAAGGCGGCGCUGCCCAAGCGGGCGGCGGGCAAGGAGGAGCAGGAGCGGGCCCUGGACAUGAGCGUGGGGGCCGCCCGCGGGCCGGGGCCGCUGCUGGGGCCGGCGGGCGGCAACGGGCUGGCGCUGUGCCCCGGGGCGCGCUCGGCCUUCCGCCCCGCCGGGUCGCUGCGGGAAGAGGCGCGGGGCGCCGCCGCCCUCGGCUUCUCCAAACUGCUGGGGGGACUGAAGGCGGGACGCGCCGCUGCCGAGGCGCCGCCGAAGUGCGGAGCGCUGCCGGGCGAGGCCGCCCCGCAGGCGGCGGCGGCGGGGCUGGCUUGCGGCGGCGGGCUGCGCGCCUUCCCGCUGCUGUCGCCGCUGGAGGAGGCCUCGGCCUUCCGGCAGGUGGAGCGGGGACUGCCCGCGGCCGCGCUGCCUCCCGCCCGCUACCCACCGCUGCCCGGCGGGGCCCUGGAGCGCUUCGCGCUGCCGCCCUUCGAGGGGCUGAAGGCGUACGCGGGGGAGUGCGGGCUGCCGGUGAUGCCGCUCACCGUCUACAACGGGGAGCUGCUCUACGGGGCCGCGCCCUACUACCCGCUGAAGCUGCACCUCGGCGGCCUCCUGAAAUACCCCGAGUCGGUGUCGUACUUCACGGGGCCGGCGGCGGGUCUGCACGCCGCAGAGCUGGGCUCGCUGGCCAGCAUCGACCGGGAGAUCGCCAUGCACACGCAGCAGCUCUCCGAGCUGGCGGCCGAGAAAGGCCGGGGGAGGCUGGAGACGCUGCCGGCGGGCGCGGCCGGGGCGGCCGGAGGGAAGCCCAAGACCGGGCACCUGUGCCUGUACUGCGGGAAGCUGUACUCCCGCAAGUACGGGCUGAAGAUCCACAUGCGGACUCACACCGGCUACAAGCCGCUCAAGUGCAAGGUCUGCCUGCGGCCCUUCGGGGACCCCAGCAACCUCAACAAACACAUCCGCCUGCACGCCGAGGGCAACACGCCCUACCGCUGCGAGUACUGCGGCAAGGUGCUGGUGCGACGCCGCGACCUGGAGCGGCACGUCAAAUCCCGGCACCCGGGGCAGAGCCUCGGCAAGGCGGCCGAGGACAAGAGUGACUCUGGCUAUGCGCAGCCCGAGCAGGAGCAAAAGACUGAUAACGAGAGCGAUGUGGAUGUCUGCUUCACCGACGACCAGAGCGACGCGGAGAGCGGCAGCCGGCACCGCGAGCAGUGA